AUGUUUUUUCAUAUUAUUAAGUUCUUCAUCGUAUUCGACACCUCGUUUACAGAAGAAGAUUUCGACGAAACAAUCCCUAUAGUAGAGAACUACACUGAAACCAGUGACUUCCUUACCGCACUACGUCGACUAUGUGAGGUAACAGGCGAGAAGGAUACAAUUUUAGCGCUGAAACAUAUCGGUGCCAAGAAACCAAAGGCAGUUCCAACCACCACCACCACCACGACAACCACGGCAGCGCCGACUACCACUACUACAGAGCCACCAACGACCACGGAACCGCCUGUUUCAGAGGAAGAUUUGAGGAUAUUCAAGAUUACCGGCACCGUGUCAAAGAGUGAAGCUAGGAAAGUGUUCAGAAGUAUCUUCAAGACCUCAGAAUUUGAAGAAGUGUUCAAGAUCCUGCGCAAGUGGACCACCCGAGAAGAUGUGUGGUCUUUCCUGGAGGCUCUCAUUGAGAUCACGAAUACCACCAACAUCGUUGAGGCCUUGCACAGCGUCAAGAGAGUCUCUGGGUAUGAUUUUACUCUUGAAGAAAUCUUCGAGAAGAUAGUCACUGUCCUUGGGCAUAAGGACGUUGAAGACUACUACAGGAAAUGCUUGCAGCUAUUCGACACUGAUUCACUUGACACGGCGCUGGAUAUUUUCAAGGACGUUACCGGAGCUAAAUCCGCCUAUGACUUCGUGUCGCAUAUGCACAAGUGGACGAAAAUCCAAGAUAUCAUUAGAGUCCUAGAGAUUCUUGUUAAAGUCACACGCUCCAAAACUGUGCACGAAGCGACCUGGAAGAUCAUCAGUAUCACCAAUAGUUACACCUUAUUGGAGUCCAUGGAAACCAUCUACAUUAUCAUACAAAUGGAUGUCAUCGAGUUCUUUGAGUAUUUGGAGAUUUUCACUGUUGAAAAUUUCGACGAUAUUAUCAUGAUUAUUGAAGAGUACACUGAGACAACCGAAUUCCUCCGCGCAUUGAAAGUACUUAAACAAGUGACGGGCGAACCCGUUAUAUUGAACGCACUAAAGCACAUAAAAGAAAAGAAACCAAAAGCAAUACAUCAUCAACAAGAGCAUCCACAACUUGAACGGCCGACCACAACGAAAACCGAAUGGAAUGAAGCAUCAUCAUUACCGUCAUCACAAAGUUCGUCACACCAACUUGAGCAACCAGAUCACCUUCAACAACAUGAUGAGCCUCAACAUUCAAAACAACCUGAUGAACACCAACAACCAAAUAUACCUGAGCAACCUGAGAAACCAAAACAGCCGCAGCAAACUCAACGCCCACAACUGCCAGAUGAUAUUCAGCAACCUAAUCAUCCACCACAGCCGGAGCUCUCACAAUUACCUGAGCAUUCGCAAAAAUCUGAACAUCCACAAAAACCUAAGCACCCACAACUACCUGAGCAACCACAGAAGCCUCAGCUCCCACAACAACCUGAGUACCUAGAACAACCAGAGCACGGAGAAAAACCUGAGCAACCACAACAACCUGAGCACCCAGAAAAACCAGAGCACCCGCAACAACCUGAGCAUCCACACCAACCACAGUACCCAGAAAUACCUGAGCACCCACAGAAACCUGAACAUCCACAACAACCUGCGCACCCAGAAAAACCAAAGCUCCCACAUAAUCCUGAGCAGCUAGAAAAACCUGCUCACCCGCAACAUCCUGAGCACCCAGAAAAACCUGAGCAACCGCAACAACCUGAGCACCCACAGAUGCCUGAGCACCCUCAGAAACCUGAGCAUCCACAACAACCUGAGCACCCAGAAAAACCUGCUCACCCGCAACAUCCAGAGCACCCACAACAACCUGAGCACCCAGAAAAACCUGAGCAACCGCAACAACCUGAGCACCCACAGAUGCCUGAGCACCCUCAGAAACCUGAGCAUCCACAACAACCUGAGCACCCAGAAAAACCUACUCACCCGCAACAUCCUGAGCACCCACAACAACCUGAGCACCCAGAAAAACCUGCUCACCCGCAACAUCCUGAGCACCCACAACAACCUGAGCACCCAGAAAAACCUGAGCAACCACAACAACCUGAGCACCCACAGAUGCCUGAGCACCCUCAGAAACCUGAGCAUCCACAACAACCUGAGCACCCAGAAAAACCUGCUUACCCGCAACAUCCUGAGUACCCGCAACAACCUAAGCACCCAGAAAAACUUGAGCAACCGCAACAACCUGAGCACCCGCAACAACCUGAGCACCCACAUAAACCUGAGCACCCACAACAACCUGAGCAUCCACAACAACCUGAGUAUCCAGAACAAUCUCAGCACCCACAGAAACCUGAGCAUCCACAACAAUCUGAGAAUCCAGAACAACCUCAGCACCCAGAAAAUCCUGAGCAGCCAUUGAAACCUGACCAACCACAGAAACCUGAGCCUCCACAGAAACCUGAACAUCCACAACAACCUGAGCACCCAGAAAAACCUGCUGAACCGCAACAUCCUUUGCACCCACAACAACCUGAGCACCCAGAAAAACCUGCUCACCCGCAACAUCCUGAGCACCCACAAAUGCCUGAGCACCCACAGAAACCUGAGCAUCCACAACAACCUGAGUAUCCACAACAACCUGAGUAUCCAGAACAACCUCAGCACCCACAGAAACCUGAGCAUCCACAACAACCUGAGCACCCAGAAAAACCUGCUCACCCGCAACAUCCUGAGCACCCACAGAUGCCUGAGCACCCACAGAAACCUGAACACCCAGCAAAACCAGAGCAGCCCCAAAAACCAGAGCACCCACAACAACCUGAGCUCCAAAUACUCCCUGAGCACUCACAGGAACGUGAGCACCAGCAACAACCUAAGCGCCCACGACGACCUGGGCACCGACAUCAUCCAAGGCGCCCACAUCAACCAAAUCGCCCACAACAACCUUGUGAACCUCAGCGACCAGGUCAGCCCCACCAAGAUGAGCUUUCAGGACCAUUGAAACCCAAACCAAUAGAAGAAAAUAUUUCAAAAAGCAAAAAGAUUGUAGAAAAUGACACCUACGAUUCUGAAUUAUUAAAAAGACCACCACGACCAGGACAGCCUGGAAGGCCAAGGCGAUUACCACCCCAGCCAAUUGAUGUUAAGAAGGGUGGUAAGCUUGCUUUACACCACGGAAAACGAGAAAUCUUACACGCGCUGGAGACCAACAUGAACCUGAAGGUCAUAAUGCUGCCAAAUGGACCAAAACAUAAAAACUGCUUCUGCACUUGCGAGGCUAUCGAAACACCGAAGCUAAUACCGUUGAAGGAUUUACCCCAAUAAAUUUCUCGGAU